AUGACAGGCCAGCAGGGCAAAUACCGCCUAACGGUCUACCUGGUAUUUUAUUCGCCCGGUGGCAACGCCGCACGACCACCUUCGAGUUCGACAAACUCCACAAGUCCCUCCAGCACUUCUUCGACUUCAACUCCUGCGAAUUCAACCUCCUCGACCUCGACCACACCGACGGCUAGUACCUCGCCCACUGCCUCUGCGUCCUCCACACCCACUGCCUCCACCUUGACGUCCUCGAGAUCCAGCAGCAAGAAGUCGUCGCCGUCCAAGCGCCGGGCCAAGCGUCUCCGCCAGAAGCGCCGUGAAAGGCGUCGCGAAAGGAGGCAGCGCCAACGCCAGCGCAACCGUCGCGCUUAA